AUGGCUGAUGAGAAGGCAUCAGCGGAAGCUGUUGGUCGAAGCUGCAUCCACUGCGACGAUGAUGAUUCCGCUGACGAUAUGGUCCAAUGCGACCGCUGCGACUCGUGGGUCCAUUUUCGCUGUGCCGGUGUGACCGAAGCGGUGAAGGAUGCGUCGUGGAACUGUUCGAAAUGCAGCACCCUGCUGCAAGUACCGAUUCGUACCGACAAGAAGGCGCCCAGUAAGAAGGGGCCGACGAAGAAGAUCAGCACAAAGAGCGAUGGUGGCUCAGAAACCGGUAGAGGCGCGAAUUUGGAAAUUUCCCUCCAACAGAUGGAGUUGCAGCAGAAAGCUCUGGAAUCAGAGUUAGAAGAGAAGAAAAUCAUCCAUGAAAAGCGACUCGAAAUGGAGCGUUUAAUUUUAGAAAAGCGAAAGGCACAGCGAAAGGCACAGCGAAAGGAAAUGCUGGCGAAGGAGAAGAAACUGAUGGAGCAGCAAUUAGCUGACGAACGGGAGUUCUUGGAGCAACAGAAAAAACUCCGAGUUAACUUCCAGCGAGCUCGUGAAGAGCUAUUUUGCCUGCCCGAAGGCGACCAAGAAGAAGGCGCUAUCGAAAGAGAAGGAACCUCCGACAAGGUGCGGAUGUGGAUGGAGUCCAUUCCAACGGAUCCACGAGGGGCUUAUCCAAAGGACCUGCGACGGGCCGGAUGCAACCCAUCGGAAACCGAAGCAAAUGCUGUAAAUAAAAACAAAUUAGAAUUCCCAAUACCCAAACAAGUGCCCGGGGAUUUGUACGGUCGGAAGUCAGGCACAGUUGAUCGUAAGCAACCAACGCUAAUGCUAAACGGGUCGGGGUGGAAUUCAACAGGCAAUUCCCACCAAAGCAAGUUUUCCCAUAAUCAAAAGGGGAACGCAUUUCUACGGUCGUUUUUGCUGGACAACGAAGAAAACGAGGAGCAAGAUGAGGAAGAGGAACAAGACUCAAUAUUGCAGCAAGAAUUAACGGAGGAGGAAGAAACCGUUCUUCGGAAUCUUGUAAAUCGCCGAAGACAGAACCGAACGGGGUUUCAGCGAGCAAGGCCAGCUAGAGGACCCACUCCGGAACAGCUAGCCGCGCGACAUGCAGUGUCAAAACAUCUUCCUAUUUUCAAAGGGGAAGCAGAAGUUUGGCCGCUCUUCAUAAGUUGCUAUGAAACUACUACAGCAGCUUGUGGAUUCACCAAUACAGACAACCUGAAGAGACUCCAGGACAGCCUUCAGGGUCUGGCGAAAGAAGCUGUGCAGAGUCGCUUAUUACUGCCAGAGUCGGUUCCCGAGGUAAUCGAAGACCUCCGCAAGCUGUUCGGCAAUCCGGAAAAGUUACUGAAAUCGCUGGUAGCUAAAGUCCGUAGAGCUCCAGGACCAAGUCUGGAUAGACUUGAAAGUUUCCUCUACUUCGGGAUCACUGUUAAACAGUUAUGUGAUCAUCUCGAAGCCGCUGGACUACAUGAUCAUCUGAGUAAUCCGAUGCUGGUCCAGGAACUUGUUAGUAAGCUACCAUCCGAGUAUAAACUGGACUGGGUACGCUUCAAGCGGGGCAAGAGGGGGACUCCGCUUAGACUGUUUACUGAUUUCACCAACCAAAUCGUAUCAGAAGUAUCAGAAGUAGCCGAAUUUAGUGGCCUAGAAACAAAGGGGCAGAGAGAGGUCGGAAAACCUAAGGGAAAGAAGGAGUUUGUGCACACCCAUGCAGCACAGAACGUCCAGCCGUACGUAGCUCAUUCCAUGUCGGCUCCCAAGGGAAAAAGGCCGUGUGUCGUUUGCAAGAGAACGGACCACAAAGUGCGCUUUUGUGACGACUUUGAGAAACUAACACUACGAGAUCGACUAAAGUUAGUAGAGAAGUAUAAGCUCUGUGCAUUAUGCCUGUGUGACCACGGCCGAACUCGCUGCACGUUCAAUGUUCGGUGUAACAUAGACCAUUGCAAAGGUGGGCAUCAUCCAUUGCUCCAUCGCACUGAAGAGCUCGUUCAGGUGGCUGAUGUCGAAUGCAACACGCAUCUUCGCUCAAACCGUUCAGUCCUUUUUCGCAUAUUACCGAUAACUUUGCAUAAUGGCAAGUCGUCUGUAAAUUUGAUCGCUUUCUUGGACGAAGGCGCAUCUGCAACAUUGCUGGAGAGCACAAUAGCAGACAAGUUGAAUGCUGACGGUGUUCCAGAACCAUUGGUGGUUCACUGGACGGCGAAUAUGAAGCACCAUGAGGACCAAUCUCGGCGUUUGGACUUGUUGAUCUCCCCGAGAGGAUCAAACACUAAACACCAGCUGACCAGUGUUCGUACGGUAAAGAAUUUGAUGCUGCCAAUACAGAGCAUCAAGAUUCAAGACCUGGUGAAUCGUUUUGAGCAUCUGAAAGGCUUGUCUGCAACCGAUUACGACGCCGAUGCACCGCAAAUAAUUAUUGGCCUGAACAAUUUACACUUGUUCGCGCCAUUGGAGUCACGAGUAGGUGGAGUAGGAGAACCGAUUGCCGUCCGAUCCGCGCUAGGCUGGACAGUGUACGGACCAGAUAAACCGUUGUCAUCGGCAAAAGCGUUCGUGAACCACCACAUCACUCAUACCGUGAGCAACCAAGAGUUGCAUGAGAUACUUGGAGCACAAUAUGCAUUGGAAGAGCUCUCUACAUCGAUGGUACCCCUUGCUGAAUCCAACGAAGAUAAACGGGCGCGUGAUAUUCUGCAGAAAACAACCGUUCGAGUAGGGGAUCGAUUUGAGACGGGACUGCUAUGGAAAAACGAUGUUCCUGACUUUCCAGACAGUUACCCGAUGGCGGUGCGUCGCUUGAAGGCGUUGGAGAAGCGGCUUUCCAGAAAUCCGGCACUACAGCAAAACGUUUUCCAGCAAAUCGUGGAGUAUCAGCGCAAAGGGUACUGCCACAAGGCAACAAAAGCAGAGUUGGGCGAGACAGCGACGAACAAGGUGUGGUAUUUACCGCUGAACGUGGUGCUUCAUCCAAAGAAGCCUGAUAAAGUCCGGUUGGUGUGGGACGCUGCUGCCGCAGUCAAUGGGACAUCACUCAACUCUAACUUAUUGAAAGGUCCCGAUCUACUUACUUCCCUGCCAGCAGUGAUAUGCAAAUUUAGGGAAAAGAGUGUUGCCUUCGGCGGUGACGUGCGCGAGAUGUACCACCAGCUGCGCAUACGAGAGGCGGAUAAACAGGCUCAGCGCUUUCUGUUUCGUUUUGAGUCCAGUCGUCCUCCCGAGGUUUACGUAAUGAAUGUAGCAACGUUCGGGUCAACCAGCUCUCCGUGCUCGGCACAAUUUGUCAAAAAUUUAAAUGCCGAGGAGUAUGCAGGACAGUUUCCAGAUGCAGCGAAGGCUAUCGUGGAACGCCAUUAUGUCGACGACUAUUACGACAGUGUCGACUCAGAAGAGGAAGCCGUGAAGCGUGCCAAAGAGGUGCAUUUCAUCCACUCGAAGGCCGGGUUCGAAAUCAGGAAUUGGGCAUCCAAUUCGGAGAAGGUUCUACGGGAAUUAAAAGAACCGAACCAGGAGCGAACGAUACACUUUCACCAGGACAAGGUCAUCGAUCGGGAGCGAGUACUGGGUCUCAUCUGGGACACGAAAUGGGAUGUGCUAUCUUUCUCGAUUCCGGCUCAGGACGAAGUCAUAAGUUCCGGAAUGCGCCCGACCAAGCGUCAAAUCCUGAGCAUCGUCAUGUCUCUUUUCGACCCGUUGGGUUUGCUUACUCCAUUCACCGUGCUGGGCAAAAUCUUGGUUCAAGCUCUUUGGCGGACCGGGUGUGAUUGGGAUGAGCCUAUCGACGAUGAUUCUAAUGCCAAAUGGCAACAGUGGACUGAGAUGCUACCGGAAAUAGAACGAGUGCGAAUACCCCGGUCUUAUUUUGGGAAUCUUCACUCAGACAGUUACGGCCAGAUCCAGUUGCACAUGUUUUGUGACGCUGGUGAGAAUGCGUAUGGUUGCGUAGGUUAUCUGCGAAUUGUCGUAAACCAAGAGGUGAGCUGUUCUUUAGUAAUGGCUCGAUCUAAAGUUGCUCCACUAAGGCAGCUAACGAUACCGCGACUGGAGCUGCAGGCCGCGGUGCUAGCAGCACAAAUGAUAAAGGCGAUUCGACAAAACCACUCACUUGAAAUACAUCGAGUUUUCAUUUGGAGUGACUCGCAGACAGUUCUGUCGUGGAUACGGUCGGAUCAACGAAAGUAUAAACAGUUCGUCGGUUUUCGGAUCGGGGAAAUACUGAGCUUGUCAAACCUGUCAGAUUGGAGAUGGAUUCCGUCGAAACUGAACAUCGCUGAUUGCUUGACCAAGUGGGGACGUAUGCCCUCCAUUGAGCCUGGAAGUUCCUGGUUCAGAGGACAAGAAUUCAUUUACCAAGCACCGGAAACGUGGCCACAGCAAGUCUUACCUCCAGCAAACACGACGACAGAAAUGCGGGCGGUUUUUCUCUUCCACGACAUAGUGCUGACCGGACCUUUCAUCGACACCAGUCGAAUUUCCAAAUGGAAUGUCCUCAUCAGAACGGUAGCUUGUCUAUACCGUUUCAUCUCCAAUUGCCGAAGAAAAUGCGGUGGUCAAUCUAUCGAAACCCUUGAGCCUACGGCGAAUCAAGAAAAGCUGAUCCGGGGAGCGCUAACAGCAACCAGAGUUGGACUACAGCAGGGAGAAUAUCGGAGAGCCGAAGAAGCUCUUUUCCGGAUGGCUCAAAGUGAAGCGUUCGGAGACGAAAUAAAAACUCUCCGAAAAAAUCAGGAAUUGGAACAAGACCAAUGGAUACCCUUGGAGAGAUCGAGUCCACUCCACAAGAUGGCGCUACUGUUGGACUCUUCUGAAGUUCUACGGCUCGAGGGACGAACUGCAAAUGCCGAGUUUUUGCCAUUCGAUCUGCGAUUCCCUAUAGUAUUACCCAAAGAUAACGCAGUGACGGCAAGACUGGUGCAAUAUUUUCAUGUAAAGUGUGGUCAUGCCUUCAGGGAGACGGUAAAGAGUGAAAUUAAACAACGGUUCGUGAUUCCAAAGCUCAGCUCCGUCAUCGCUAAUGUGGAGAAACAUUGUGUUUGGUGUAAGGUCCACAAGAAUCGACCAAGCAUACCACGAAUGGCUGCGUUACCAAUUCAAAGGCUCACACCAUACCAGCGACCGUUUACAUUCGUGGGGGUCGACUAUUUGGGGCCGGUAGAAGUUACGAUCGGACGGCGCGCGGAAAAAAGGUGGAUUGUCGUUUUCACGUGCUUGGUCGUUCGUGCCAUUCACUUAGAGGUGGCUCACAGCCUCAAUACCCAGUCGUGCUUGAUGGCCAUCAGGCGCUUUACUUGUCGCCGAGGACCGGUUGCAGAAUACUUCUCGGACAACGGGACCAAUUUUCGUGCGGCGAGCAAAGAAAUCCAGCAGCUGUACCGUGACGUGCAGAAGGCGUGCGCUGAAGAGCUGACGGAUGCGAGGACGCAGUGGCAUUUUAAUCCCCCUGCUGCUCCCCAUAUGGGGGGAGUGUGGGAGAGAAUGGUUCGGACUGUGAAAGAGGUGAUGAGCGCUCUGAACGACGGGAGGAGAUUAACCGAAGAAAUUCUCCAAACUACAUUGUGUGAAGCUGAGGAUAUGAUCAACAGUCGGCCGCUGGUAUUCGCUCCGCAGGAGUCUCCUUUGCCUGCACUCACACCAAAUACUUUCCUUCGGGGAUCAUCUCCCAACGAGCCACAGGAGGUUGUUGUACCAACGAACGUUGCACAUGCUCUGCGAGAUUCAUAUAAGCGAUCUCAGCUACUAGCAGAUGAAAUGUGGAAGCGGUGGAUAAGGGAAUAUAUUCCCAGCAUCAAUCAUCGGACGAGGUGGUUCACAGAAGCUCGCCCGCUGCAGAAAGGUGAUCUAGUGUACGUGGUAGAAGGAGAUCGACGGAAAUCUUGGAUGCGGGGUGUCGUAGAAGAACCGAUAGUUUCCAGCGAUGGACGAGUGAGGCAGGCGAUUGUGCGAACAAACAGCGGAACCUACAAACGUGCGGUUGCAAAAUUGGCGGUUCUGGAGAUUGCUGAGGGUAACGCUGAUCCGGUGGAAGGAGCCGGAACAGGAUUACGGGUCGGGGAUUGUUGUGGUAGUCACCCCCCUGGUUUGUAG